AUGUCCGUGCGUGGCUUCUAUAAUAUUACCUCCUCUUCCCUUUGUCUUCGACCUACCUUUCUUCUUUUGUCACUGUUCCUAACUUCCUUUGUCAUGUUGUCGACUUUCUCAUAUAGUCCGAUGGCACCCCCCGUCCGUCCUUCACGGUCACUGGACGGACUCGAGCGAGUUGUACCACCUCACUCGCCCAACUCAUUCACUCCCGACCUCUUCCUCAAUAAGCCCCUCCCCGCCAGACCCGAAGAACCCGAGUCUUCGGCGAUGUGGAGUGACUCCAGCGACAGUGAAAGUACCGUCGAUAGCCUUGUGCCCAGUGAACCCAACUCAGCGGACAGUUACCCCAUCUUCGUGUCCGGCUCCGACGACUUCCUAACGGAUCAGGCUCCAUCGGCCGAUCAUCUCGCCCUUCCCGGUUCUCCACUGCCUCCACUCGACAAGUGCACGGACGCGAUAGAUAUCGUCAUCGACGAAUCAAUUGUACAACCCUCUGCCUCGUCAUUAUCAGAUUCCCCGCCUGACCGUCCGGCUUAUUGGACUCAGCGGACAGGCGCCAACCAUUAUUUCCGCGAAAAGAAGUGGGACUAUUUCCCCGAAUUGGCCCCGUCGACAUUAAACGGGACGAGUUCCAACAUGAGUGCCCCCAAAUCCCGCAAGAAGGGUUCCGCCUUGGAGUUUGCCAAGGGCAAGUACCGAUGGCAUUCGCUGGAUCGAGGUGGUCUAGGGGGUGUGCGCGACUCCAUUAAAACCUAUGUCCACCGCACAUUGUCCCGCGACGGGCCGCCAGAGCCCAAACCCAGGGAAACACCGCGCCCAGUGACGGCGCCAAUGGACCAUCAUUUGAGCGAUGCCUCCAGUAUCCUCGGUCCCAAGGGCUGGGAGCCACAACAACCGCAAACUCUGGCCUUGGAUACGGAUGCAGCCGUGCGAGCGGUAUCUGUAGCGACAUCUCCGGAUGCAGAGUAUGACUACACCAAAAAGAUGUUUCACCUCCAAACACCAAUCUCGCCUACCUUCUCCGCUUUCCCCGUCUCUCCGGUCUCCGAUUCAUCCCCAAGCACCCCGCGCCAAAAACAGCUAGCGGUUCCGCUGUCGCCCUACCAGAAACAUGGCCCAGCGAUCUGGGAUGAACCCAAGAAAUCCAAGAAGAAUGUACAAUUCCCGAAGUAUCGUUCAUCACCUAAUUCAUCCGAGCCUUCUUCAUCUUCUGCCCCUGAGCUGUCAUUUGCCAAGUCUGCCUCUUCAUCCCCCCCUCUGAAGCAACUCCAAGAAAAUACCCGCGGGGUGUUGAUGGGAGCCAAAAGAAAGAUUGCGGAGUCCAAAGAAGAUCGAAGGCGAGAGCAGCUAAAGUCGCAGAUCAAGCUCAUCGGACCCGUCAACCCCCACACCUACGUGCGAUCUGAUCCAUGGGUUUGA